UGCAGGCGUGGCUUCAGUGACAGUGGUAGAAGGGAGGAACUGUGGCCCCUGAGUUUAGUUUAAAGCAUCCCGUGUUGGCCAAGAUACUCUGCACAAGUCAGCAGCUUCAUCUCCAGCACACACACAGAGUCAUCCUCCAUCCUCCAGUAGGUCUGUGCAGCUGCAGUCAGCAUGUCAAACUCGGACAGGGUUGUGUUAGCUCUUGGAGGAGCCGGCACAGUGGGCUCUGGGAUAGUUAAAGCACUGCUCGACAAAGGUUUCAAAGUCGCAGUGAUCUCCAGGGACAGCAGCCGGCUGGAGAAGCUCCAGUCAUUUGUCUCUCCCAACACAAAGGAUAACCUCACCACUAUAGUGGGGAAUGUAGGGUCAGAGGAGGGAGCAGAGCAGGCGAAACAGGCCCUGCUGAAGGCGGUGGGGAAGGUGACAGACAUUGUCUCCUCUCUGGGCUUCAGUUGGUGGCAGGGAGGACCGCCACACACCCAGUCUCUCAAAGACCUACACUGGGUAAUUGAGACAUUACUUUUCAGUACAUUUGUGUCAUGGAAGGCCUUCUUUCCCUUGGUGAGGGACGACCCCAACUGUACCUACACCUUCAUAACAGGAGGAGCAGGUGAGAAGUUGCUGAUGCCUGGUACCGGCUUCCUGACAGUAGGAGCUGCCAGCACCCUGGCCUUCUGCCAGGUACUACGAGAGGAGUAUCCUGAGAUGCCCUGCAAACUCAACCAGGUGAAGAUCGACACAGGUGUGGCCACUCCAGAGCGCAUGGCACCUGGUUACCUGAACCACCUGGACCUGGGUGAGGCUGUUGCCGCCCUUGUGGAAAGACGAAACACCUCCCACACUGUCUUCACUGUCAACUGUCCGGCAGACUUAAAAACUGUCCUUCUGGACAAGAACCUGUAGACUUGCAAACCCUUUCUCCAGCCCUGCCUUGUUGUCACAGGGACACAUCUACACGUCUUCUGCUCCUGCUCUUGCUGAACUCUCCAGAAACAUAUUUACAGUGUCUUUUUGUUUGUUUUCUUCUCCCACACCUCUGAACUCUAUCCAUGCAUUCAUGUGAAUUGUCAAUUGUUUCAACUAAUAUUGUACUGUAUAUUCAGCUGCCUGUUUUGCAGUUGCAAGUGUUUGCAAUUGUUUUCUCUGCAUGUGCUGUUGUGUGAUAUGUCUAUAAAAAUGCACAGGAUUUGUAAUAUUCACCUUCUCAUUUUUGCCUGUUUCUGUACAAAUAUUACCACACAGUUCUGUUCUUUCUUCUACAUUGUUGGAACACAUGAUAUCCAAUAUAUUGACACCAGUUCUCCAUGAAUUUGCUAAAUAUACAAGGUAUACAACUCGACUUCUUAAGGCCAAACUAUUGGAAGAAGCAGGUUAAGACUGAAGACAGAGGGUGGAGGGGGUUCGAAUUCCCUGCUGGCAUUUUUCCAAGUGGUCCAAAAGGAAGAGGUUGUUUGGUCAUAUGUAUCCACAAACCUGGAAUUAAAGGUACCCUGUAGAGCUAUAUGGAGUAAUGUUUUAAUGAGCAGAUGCCCAUUUUGUUGUGUAUUAGUUUGCACAAGAAGACGCACAUUGACACACAUGAGAAAGCUUUAUGCAGGUUGUUAAGACUGAAAAAAAUCAGCUUUGCAGAUGUGAAAUAAAGAAGGAAGUUCUAUUCACCUUUUUAGGCCUACAGGAAGCACUGAAUGAAAGUGAAACUUUUUUAACAAGAAAACUCCACAGGGUACCUUUAACACGUUGACGUAAACGCUAAAAGUGCAACAUGGUCAAACAGUGGAGGCAAUACAACACUUACACGUGGUGACCUGAGAUGAUUACGGACUUUGAGAUACUGGGGAUGUAGCUGGGAUGGAAUUUAUAUGUUGAGGACUUGUCUUUUUUAGUCGUGAAAUAUUGCAGACUUGUAACUGCUUAAAAAGCUGCAGAAUUCUCUAAGGACCUUACAUAUUAGGAAAACUCAGACAAUCACAACCUUCUGGAGACAUUGAAAUGUUAGGGAAAUGAUGUAAGGAAAAAGCAGAAGAGAUGAAUUAAUUUCCUGUUAUCCUUAAGGGUUUCAGUAUGCUUGAAAUAAACAAAUUUGCAUGAU